AUGAACGACGACAUGAAGAAGAGUGGCAGCGACCACUUCGACGCUGAGAAGUCGCCGAUUGAGACCUUCCACUCACGGCAUCCACCUAUGGACCCGGAACGCCGCAAAGUCGUGGAGAAAUCGAUGAAGCGGAAACUCGACGCAAGGUGUUCGCUGUUCAUCUUGAUCUAUAUCAUGAACUAUCUCGAUCGCAACAACAUGGCCGCUGCCAGAUUAAAGGGGUUGCAACAGGAUCUAAAGCUCAGCGAUACACAAUACGCCACCUGCUUGAGUAUUCUCUAUGUUGGAUACAUUCUGAUGCAGGUUCCUUCGAACAUCAUCAUCAACCGCAUCACCAAACCCAGUUGGUACAUUGGCGCAGCCAUGCUUCUUUGGGGUCUGAUCUCUACACUAUCUGGAAUCGCCCAAGGCUUCGGCGGCAUGGUAGCCAUCAGAUUUUGCCUAGGAUUCGUGGAGGCUGCUUUCCUGCCUGGCGCUCUUCUUAUCCUAUCAAAAUGGUACACUCGCAGCGAAUUGACUAAGCGCAAUGCUCUCCUCUUCUGCGGCAACCUUAUCUCGAACGCUUUCUCCGCACUUGUUGGUGCUGGAGUUUUGUCGAACAUGCAAGGUACCCUGGGCCACGCAGCCUGGCGCUGGUUGUUCUGGAUUGAAGGAGCCGUGACAAUGGGAGUUGCCAUCACCGCCGCCCUCGUACUACCGGACUUGCCUCACAACUCGAGAGGCUUCACCGAGGAAGAACUGCAGGUCGCUCAACUCCGUAUGAUUGAAGAUGUUGGAGAAGCCGAUGAGGACAGCAAUGAAGACGGUGUGUUUGACGGCCUCUUCAUGGCUCUCAAGGAUCCCAAGAUCUACGUCUUGAUGUUCACUCUUACCGCCUAUGUCGUUGGCCUCAGUUUCAACGCCUUCUUCNNCCCCUCCCUCACAAAAACUCUAGGAUUCGGCUAUGUUCCCACUCUGCUUAUGAGCGCUCCUCCAUGGGUGUUUGCCUGUAUCGUUUCUCUUCUUAACGCCUGGCACGCCGAUCGAACCCAGGAGAAGUUCUGGCACAUUGUGGGACCCAUCUGUAUGGGUCUCGUAGGAUUCAUCAUCAACAUGUCUACCUUGAACACUGCAGGCCGCUAUAUUGCACUCUUCCUACAGGCAGGCUCAUACGCAGGCUUCAUCGUUUUCUACUCGUGGAUUUCUUCCAGUUUCCCACGCCCACCUGCUAAGCGUGCCGUCGCAAUCGCUCUGGUCAACGCAUUCAGUCAGCUAGGAAAUGUGGCCGGCUCAUACGUAUGGAACCUCACCGAGAACGGCUACCGUAAGUCCUAUGGUAUCGUGACAGCUAUGUUCGGCGUCACUAUUGUGGGCUGCUUCAUCAUGAAGAUGAUUCUCGUCAACCUGAACAAGAAGCUCGAGGCAGGAGAGGCUGCAGCCUGGGCCACCAAACCUGAUGUCGCUGAGCAUACUGCUGAGAAAGAAUUCUUGGACAGCCCCGAUGAAGCUCUGCGCAUGAGACAGGGAUUCAGGUAUCUUGUAUAG